AUGUCGAGGCUUUUGUUCUUCCCCAACGACAUGCUAAUCGAAGUCUACAAAAUAUGUCCAACUAUUCAGACUGCAGUAACACUCUCGAUGGCCAACAAGCUGCUGCGCGCUGUAUGGCUCGAAAACAACAACGACAACCACAUAGUCAAAACAAUCAUCACAGCAACAACACCUGCAGCGGCAGAAGCAAUAUCUUACGCAGUCAUGGAGACACGAGUAUGCGCUUCGAUGGACAGUGACGAGCAGCCGCCGGCCGAUCUCUGGCUACCGAACCUGAGCAGAAUCGUCGAUCUCUGCACUAGUGCUCUUGCAGCUUACAUUGCUCAUCGCAAACUCGCUAGUGACAGAUCUACCAUGCCAACACGUACAGUUGAGAUACCAUCGCCUGAAUCUUACUAUCUCGUCCGACGAUGUGUGCUCGCCUUCGAGUUCACUGAAGCACGGGAUGCGUUAUACGAAGAGAUAUCAGCAGCCUCGCGAGAAAGAUUGGCAGAAGCAUGCGAUAUGCAACAUUUCCUCAAUCAGCAGAGCAGCAUGAAAGAAUCGAUUCAUCAAGGUGUACUGUUCAGAAUGAGGUUCUAUGAAUCUGUCGGUGAGGACUUUAGUGAGGAUGACCUCGAAUUGCACGAAGAUGGUCGGAACUAUGCCAACGAUGUCCUUGGGACUGCAGAUUAG